GUGAACCUGGCUCAGCUGCUGAGAGACUCCAGGGAACGAGACAAAAAGCUGACGGAGGAGGUGAAGGAGCUGGCGCAGAGGCUGACGGAGGCCCAGGGGGACAACAAGCUGCUAAGGCUGACCAUAACUCGACAGAGGCUCGGCGAUGAGGAGGUGGGGCCGCGGCAUUUCCCCCCCCCAUGAACGUGAGGACCUUGUUCCCCAGCUGGAGAGAGCAGGGCUCCAGAUGGAGGAGAUGGAGCACAACAUGAAGGCUCUGACCGACGAGCUGCAGGACGUGAAGGUGGAGCGCGGCGUGUUCAGGGAGAAGACCUACCGCCUCAACGUGGAGCUCAACCACGUCCUGGGCAACCGUGAGGCACGCAUCAUUGAUGUGGAUGCCCUCUGCAUGGAGAACAGGUUCAUUGAGAGUAAUAAGAUGGAGACUGCAUCCAAAUAUUCCUUCAGAGGACUCAGGGACUUGACACACUUGUCUUUGGCAAACAACAACAUUAAAGCAUUACCUCGGGACGUUUUCAACGACUUGGACUCACUGAUAGAGCUGGACCUGCGAGGCAAUGCUUUCGAGUGUGACUGCCGAGCGAAGUGGCUGAUGACGUGGCUGAAGAACACCAACGCCACGGUUUCGGAUGUCGUGUGUGCUGGACCAGAGGACAUGAAGGACAAGCGCCUCAAUGAUAUGACCAGCCUGCACAACGAGUGCGUCUCAACAGAUUUCGUCCUCCAUCAGUCCCUGGCAUCUGAGUCUCUGUCUGUGGACACAUUCAGCUAUAAGAACGACGUCUAUGUGACGAUAGCUGCUCCCAGCGCAGAGAGCUGUAUGGUUUUCCAGUGGGACCACAUAGAAAUGAACUUCAGGACGUAUGAUAACAUCACAGGUCAGUCCAUUGUGGGGUGCAAGUCAGUGGUCAUCCAGGACCAGGUGUUUGUCAUCGUGGCUCAGCUGUUUGGUGGCUCCCACAUCUACAAGUUUGAUGAGGACCAAAGCAGCUUCAGCAGGUUUCAGGACAUCGAGGUGUCCAAGAUCUCCAAGCCCAAUGACAUUGAGGCGUUCCAGGUGGGCUCUGACUGGUUCUUUGUGAUUGCUGACAGUUCAAAAGCAGGCCUGUCCACCCUCUACAAGUGGAACGAUAAGGGCUUUUAUUCCUACCAGUCGCUGCACGAGUGGUACCGCGACACAGACGCAGAGUUCCUGGACUUGGAUGGGAAGGCGCACCUUAUCUUGGCGAGCCGCUCGCAGGUGCCUGUGAUCUACCAGUGGAGCCGGAGCAACCAGAAGUUUGUCCUGCAGGGAGAGAUCCCUCACAUGGAGGACGUUGUAGCUGUGAAGCACUUCCGGAUCAAGGAGGAACUCUACCUGGCUAUGACGCGCUAUAUUGGUGACUCCAAAAUCCUUCGUUGGGGUACCAAACAGUUUACAGAGAUCCAGGCCUUGCCCUCACGAGGCUCCAUGAUUCUCCAGCCUUUUUUUUUCAAAGAGCGUUACUACAUGGCUCUGGGAAGCGAUUACACCUUCUCGCAGAUCUACAAGUGGGAUGAUGAGAACAAACUAUUUGACCGCUUCAAGGACGUGUACAUCCAGGCACCGCGCUCCUUCACUGUGGUUUCCACCGACCGCAGGGACUUCAUCUUCACCUCCAGCUUCAAGGGAAACACGCAGAUCUUUGAACACAUCAUGAUUGACUUGAGCUUGUGAGGGGCCUUGUCAUGGCCCCCGAAAGAUUGGUGGAGGGGGGAAAAAAGGACUAAAACACACUUUUUCAAUUUCAAUCCCUUCAUUCGUUUCCGUCCCAAGUAAAAGCUGGGUAAAGAUGUGUUUAGAAUUCUUAUAGUUUUCAAGCUUGAUGGCCUUGUCCAAAUAUCUGUUUCCAUGGUCUUUCAGACUUCAGAGACUGAGAGCGGGAGUCAAGAGGGUGGACAAGCGUAAAAGGAGGCUGGUAUUCUCCUAAAAAUCCAGCUCACAUUCCUGAAGGUGGAAUACUUUCAUAUCAUUUGGAUCUAUUUUCAGUUUAAUAUCCCCUAUCCUAAUGGUUUUAUACCCUAACUAAUAUACAACAAGACCUAAGAGAAGUAUCAUAUUAUUUUCUUAUGUUCUCAUUAAGGGCAUGUAACAGGUGUGGUUGCUCCUCGUGUGCCACUUACCUCAUGCCCUCAUGUGGUGAUUGUUGCCUUAUCAGCUCUGGGGUUCUGUGUCCUGAUUGGCCCACAGUGCCUCCCUCUGGCCGUGAUGAAGUAUCACACCCCUUUGCUUUUUCCAAACAGGGAAUGUCUUGAAAGCACAAACCUUUAAUUAUCCUAGGUGAGACCCCAGCCCUUAGAGUGUAGUUGUUACGAGACGAAUGUUACUGUAGGUGCUAUAGAUUAUAUCGCUUACAGUAAAUAAGGUACCAGUGGUUUGUGAGGUGGAGAAAUAUUCAGGACUGGAUAUAGCUAAUGCCUUUUUAGACUAACAUGUGAAUGGAAUCAACUUUUAGACCAGACGAACUAUAGUAGA